AUGAACCACCUACAGCUUAACAAGCAAACGGGGAUGUACGAGUGCGUGCACGGUUUCCACUGCCUCGAGGACGGCGGGUCAGCAGCGGUAACACCGAGCAAGUUCAACCGCGCCAGUUCAACGAGCGCCGCUAACAACAACGGCACCGGCGCCGGUAGCCCCAUCGCGGGGCCGCAUUGUCAGUUAAGAGCGUCGCCUGCGCAUGUGAGGCCGAUGAGGUGUGUGAGCGAAAGCACCGCCGCCACCACCACUACCAACAACAACAACAACAAUGUCGCCAGCAGCAGCGGCAGCACCAACAACAACAAGUUGGGCUCGGCCGAGUUGGGCCACGGCAACAGCGACGACGAGGUGGCUGCGCAGAACGGAGGGGGACCGCCCGCAAGGCAAAACGCGUCGGCUGCCGACCCCCAAAUGGACGAGUUGAAAAACAUCUUGCAGACCGUGCGUGAGAUGGCGGAAAGGGAGGAAAACUAA